UGCCCUUUUUCCACAGCAAUGGCUGAAAGACACAAGUGUUCAUUGUUGCUGCUGUGUGCCUGUAUUGUCCUCAGCUUCACAACAAUUCAUUCUGAGCUUAUAAACAUGGCAGAGCAACAGGCAGCUAAUGCUGGGGCGAAUCACCCUAAGGAUAAAAUGGAAGCAAAACCAAUGAAGCCAGAGUCUUCAGUAGUCGAAUAUUCACUGAGGAUGAAAAGCUCUUCCAAUACCCAGCCCUACAGUCUUUCUCUGCGACAGGAGGAUUACCAUUACUUCCCAAAGCCGAAGCAUCUCAAUCCAGUUGUCCUUCUGCGGCUACUGGGUCCAUCAUUUGAUCCUUUCUGGAUGUCUGUGGAGAUUCCAAAUGAAAGCAACAUGACAUAUGAGGACUUGACUUCAGCCAGCACAGACUUGGCUAAUGGAUUAUUACGAUAUCAGAGAAAACUAAUGGAAGAAACUCAGGCCCUGGACUUUGGUACCAUCUUUCAGGAUGUGGUACCUACUAAUUCCACAAAGACUGCCAUAGACCAUUUAAAAAAGUGGCUUGUGAACAAGGCCUCAUGCAGACUGACAUCAUCAUGGGCAGACCUGGGCUCUGUGUUCUGGCCACGGUGGGUCCGACAUACAGAAUGUGAGACUUCAUCUGCUACCUGUUCCUGGCCCCCAGGAAUGAGCUGUGGGGUUGCUCAAAUAACUCAAAUAAAACUGCUUGCCUGGCAUUGCUGGACAGCUAUUAACAGUGCCAAUAUGGAAAGGACAAUGAAACAGUGUACUUGGAGACAAGUACCUUAUCCUGUUGUCACAGCUUGUAAAUGCUCUUGUAGGUAACUGCCA